AUGUUUGCCUCAAGAUUCGACCCUUCUCAGUUGAAAGCUGCUGUGACUGCUGCACCAGAAAAAACCGUCAAGCCCACACCACAGGCCAUCGUGCCUUUGAAAAGACAGGCCACUGGACCCGCUAGUGAAGACGACGAUGCGUCUGACCAGGAAUCAGAUGAUAGUUCCGAGAAAAACGCAGGAAAUGAUGACCGCAUGCAAGUGGUCAGUGGGGCUAGCGAAGAAGAGUCCAGCGAAGUAGAAGAUGAGGAGAGCAAACCGAGCACCCAUAACACCGUACUUUCAAGAUUCAAGCAAACAGUGUCAUUGCAAGAUAGACUGGAUGCGUCUGAUGUUGUCGGGGGGAGCGGAGACGAGGUUCUAGAGGACGAUACCGUUCCGUCACACAAAUUAGAACAGAUUCCCCAGCCGGAACUCGUCAAAAAUCCAAUGAACCUAAAUAGGAAUUCUCUAGAACAUAAAUCCGCCGGCUGGUUAGACACUGAAAGGAUAUUCUAUGACAAUUCCAUGACCAAGCCGUUCUCAGAUUACAAGAAUGAGCUAGAACCAAAGUUAUUGCAAAAUAUCUGCAAGAAUUUUUCGACGAAUGCUUUCCCCAUCCAGUCGAUCAUCCUGGACUCCAUAUUACCAAUACUGAACUUCACUCUGAACGUAUCCAAGAGAUACUUCACCAGAAGAAUCGGUGAUACUCUCGUGAAUGCUGCUACUGGCUCAGGUAAAACGUUGGCUUACUCCAUCCCCGUUGUUCAGACUCUGUCCAGAAGAAAGAUUAACAGAUUGCGCUGUCUGAUCGUUGUCCCCACAAAACUACUGAUCAACCAAGUUCACACCACAUUGACGAAGUUAACACAGGGGAUGUCACUGAUUGUCAGCAUUGCCAAACUGGAAAAUUCAUUAAAGGAUGAACAUAAGAAAUUUCUAAACCUGGAACCCGAUAUCUUGAUCACUACUCCCGGUAGAUUGGUAGAUCAUUUGAACAUGAAAUCAAUAAAUUUGAAAAACUUGAAGUUUUUGAUUAUCGACGAGGCCGAUCGUCUUUUAAACCAAUCCUUCCAGGGCUGGUGCCCAAAACUCGUGUUUCAUUUAAAGACAGACAAGUUAGACACAUUUCCAGGGAACGUGAUUAAAAUGAUAUUCAGUGCCACAUUAACUACGAACACGGAAAAGCUGAACGACCUGAAUCUUUACAAACCAAAACUGUUCUUGAAGCAAACCGAUAAGCUGUACCAACUACCUAGCAAAUUGAGGGAAUUCAACAUAAACGUCCCAACGGCGAAAAGUAUUUAUAAACCAUUGAUCCUGCUAUAUUCAAUAGACCAAUUCAUAGCACAUCUUUCUGAUGCCUCCAAGAUUUUGAUCUUCGUCAAGUCGAAUGAAUCGUCGAUCAGAUUGACCAAGCUGUUGCAGCUAAUCAGCGAAUCUCGCUCCCAAUCUAACAUAUUUAGAAACCUUCAAAAUUUAGAGAUGGUAAUCAAUUCUGUCAACUCGAACCACCCCCAAUCGGAAAACAAGAAAAUCGUUGCAAAUUUCUCCAACCGUUCGAAGAGUGCAAGCAUAAAUAUUCUAAUUACCACCGAUGUCAUGUCGCGUGGUAUUGAUAUCAACGAUAUUACUCAAGUGAUAAAUUAUGAUCCGCCAAUGUCUUCACAGCAAUACGUCCAUCGUGUUGGCAGAACUGCAAGAGCUAAUGAGACUGGGUCCGCCUACAACUUACUAGUCGGCAGAGGUGAAAGGACGUUUUUCGAUGAUUUAAAUAAAGAUCUGGACAGAGAUGGUAAGUCUGUCGCACCAUUAGAACUGGACUUCACCUUAUUAGAAUCUGAUUCUGAGCUCUACCACUCUUCGCUGGAAAAUUUGAAAAACUAUCACAACAACGCCUCACAAACUUGA